AUCCGGAUAGAAGUUCAGUAAUAGAAAUUAUCCAGUUAUUCGGAUAAUCGAUCCGAAAUUGGCCCGGUUCGGAUUGGCGUCUGCCGUUUGAGUGCGUAUAUGGUUGCGAAUCAAUGACCACUUUUUUGGUGAAGAACUUCACUGUUGGCCAACCUGUGGAUCUUGUGUAGCUCUACUUUUCAAUCUUAAUUAAUUGCGAUUGUGAAUUCAGGGAAUUGUUGGGUUUUUUUCUGCCAUUUUACCAAUCCAUCAGAUGUGUGGCUACCAACGGAAAAAAUAAGGAUUCUCACUAAAGUUUGAGCGAGCAACGACGUCGCCAUGGUGACAGACUUUGAGGAAUUCUGUGGGGGAUCUCCAUUCUGGAACGAGAGUCUCCUAUUAGACGGGUCAUACCCUCAGUUCACGGAAUGUUUCAUGACCACAGCCUUAGUGUGGGGCCCCUGUGGCCUCUUGUGGCUCGCUCUCCCAGGCUACUGGUUCUACAUCGCCAACAUGGCCGCCAGGAGCCCUAUUCCUCUGAACAAACUCAGUGUCAUCAAAACGUUGUCCAGAUUGAGCGUCGGUGCGGCAGGAUCAACUCCCCGCCUUUGUUCCUCUUCUGGUUUUUAAUGAUCGUCUGCAAUAUUGUGCCUCUGUAUACUUAUGUCGAAGAACAGGUGUACGAGUCUGACAGUCUGGAGUUCUCCAUACACUGCCUUCUGUUUGGGACACUCACCAUCCAGCUCCUGGUCUUCUCUUUCGCGGAUAAACGGGAACGUCACGGAUACCUGGAGAUGUCACAG